GCGCCGCUUGAGCUAUAAUACCAGAUCUAAUAGAACCAGAGUAAUCAAAACUCCUGGUGGCAAACUUACUUGGCUAUACGAAAAGAAACCUGCUAAAGGUCCUUACUGUGGUGAUUGUGGUGGUAGGCGUUGUGCUAAAUGCGUGAGAGACCGUAUCGUCCAGGCUUUCUUGAUUGAAGAACAAAAGAUUGUUAAGAGGGUUCUCAAG